UAGAGUCUCAGUUCUAGGCACUCUCACUCUCAAGUAGCUUUCUCACACUUCAAACUUCAGCCUUCCUCAGUAACGUACUAUACAGCUCUGCUUCAAGAUGUCUCUGGGAAGAGGCAGUGCAAGUCAAGCCAUGGUCGUGGUGGCUGUGCUUUUGUGCCUACUUGUUCACUUUGAACACGUGCAUGCAGCAACUUACACAGUCGGAGACUCUGGUGGUUGGACCUUUAACACUGAUAGUUGGCCCAAGGGAAAGCGUUUUAGGGCUGGUGAUGUGCUCCCUGUGGACCGGGCCGGUUACAGUAGUUGCACAUCUCCGGCGGGUGCGAAAGUGUACAAUUCUGGGAAGGACCAAAUAAAGCUGGCGAAGGGACAGAACUACUUCAUCUGCAACUUUUCUGGGCACUGUGCGUCCGGGAUGAAGGUUGCUAUUAAUGCAGUGUGAUGUGUUAUGUCAGACAAGUACUAAUAGAACUAAUAGUGGUAAUGUUCCUAUUAGAUGUGUAAUAUUACAUGUGAGAGAGUGUGUAUUUUAGUAGUAUUUGGCUUGAGUGUGACUACUACAAAAAGUGGGUACUAUAAACUGGCUAGACGCUAGAGUAACUACAAAAUAAGUUUAAUGUCUCUUGCUGUUAUAUUGUCGCUAUUAAUUUAUGGUUAAAAUCUGUGGUUUCUUGAGUUUUGGAAUUUGCUUUGACGUAGGUCCACCAAGAUCACGGACUUGUGUUAA